AUGGGCUUUAAUCCAAGAAGGAAAAAGUGGCUUCUAGCUGAGCUAUUGGCUCCUCCUUGUCAUGAUGAUGACAAAUACCUAUGUUGCCACAACUUUCUUAGAUUUCUCAAACAACUUGAAAGGAAGCUAAAACCAGUGCAAAUGGAAGUGCAAAUCAUUUCCAAACAAAAUGUAAGACCAUCUUCUCCAACACCUCCACACCUGAGAAAUUUCAAGCUGUCCCUUUUGGACCAGCUUAUUCCAGUUCCAUACGCACCGCUUCUCCUGUACUAUCCGCUGCAUGACAAUUCUGGUGCUAGCAAUCUUGAUGUCCCCAAAAGACUAGGAGUGCUUAAAAAAUCUCUAUCAGAGACCUUGACUCACUUUUACCCACUUGCUGGAAAGAUCAAAGAUGAGCUUUCCAUUGAUUGCAAUGAUGAAGGAGCCUAUUAUGUGGAAGCACAAGUCAACUGCCAUCUCAGUGAAUUCCUUAGGCAGCCUGACCUCCUGUUAGCACAUCGAUUCUUUCCAUGUGAACUCCUUCCGAAAGCAGUCACACAUGUUGCUAAUUUUCAAGUAAAUGUUUUUGAAUGUGGUGGUAUUGCUAUUGGCAUAUGCAUAUCUCACCUUAUCCUAGAUGGUGCUGCUUUGAGCACCUUUCUCAAGGCAUGGUCUGCCACAGCCAAAGGCAGCAAGGAAGCAAUUAUAAACCCCGAGUUCAUUCCCAGUUCUCUCUUCCCUGCAAAUGAUUUGUGGCUUAGAGACUCAGCAGUUGUUAUGUUUGGUUCCUUGUUCAAAAAGGGCAAGGGCGUUACUAAGAGAUUUGUGUUUGAUGCCUCAUCAAUUUCCAGCCUCAGAGCCCAAGCAGCCAGCUUAGGAGUGAAAUGCCCCACUCGCGUCGAGGUGGUCUCAUCUUUCCUGUGGAAGUGCAUCAUGACAGCCUCAGAAGAAUGGCGAGGAUCCCAAAGGCCUUCUUUACUAACCCACUUGGUGAAUCUGCGAAGAAAAAUGGAACCAAAGUUGGGAGAGAAUUCCAUGGGAAAUUUCCUGUGGUUAGCAGCUGCAAAAUGCAUGAACAAGUCCAGGGUCGAAUUAAACGACUUGGUUGGUGAGGUGAGGAAAGCAAUAUCAAAAAUUGAUGCUGACUUUGUUGAGCAGAUAAAAGGUGAUAAAGGCAAUUCUCUGGCGGAGCAAACACUCAAAAAAAUAGGUGAAUUUGGCUCCAAGGAUGGAGUAGACUACCUUGGUUUUUCUAGUUGGUGUAGAUUUGGCUUCUAUGAUGCUGAUUUUGGAUGGGGCAAGCCUGUUUGGAUUAGCAGUUUCGCUGUGUCAGGUUCGCUUACCAUGAACCUUAUCAUUUUGGCUGACACAAGGUGUGAUGGCAUAGAAGCUUUCGUGACCUUGGAUGAAAAAGACAUGACUAUUUUAGAAGGCAAUCCAGAGCUCCUCAAAUUUGCAUCUUUGAACCCAAGUCCUUUGGACAUCGAUAAAUCAGUGCAGUGUACAUGAGAGCUAUGGUACUGACAGUGACGCUGACAACAAUCUUUCUUAAUUAAGCUGUGUCCCGUGACACAAUUGUUGCUAGCAUUCCUACCGCGGCUUGUAACUCAACAUGAUUGCUCAGAACUAAAUCAUCUUAAGCUGUAUUUAAGGCCCUGAUGCCGUUAAUCACUUUCGUUAAGAUGGCCAAGGUAGGAGACCUGGAAACUUCCAUCCAACAAGUUUUGGAGUGUAAAAGCAUCUAGAAGUAGGUUCUUGUAAUAUCUCCACCACUUUCUUGUGCUUCUGUUAGCAGUACUGCUGCGUCAUAAGCCAGUUUGUGACAAGAAUUAUAUAAAUUUGGAGUUUUUACUUGGAUUGCCACA